UCCAUCAUAAGAAAUCCAUGGGCACAUUGUGACUUCACAAAAUGGGACUCAAUGAAGUUUUCAUCUUGUUUCAAGCUUAUGAAACAGAUCAUAAAAGACUUGAAACUAAAUGCUUCAGAUGAAGUUUCGAUUUUGAAAGAUCUGUCCAAAUGGGAAAAAAGUGGAAUCAGUUUACUUAGCGGUACACCGAUUGGCCUAGAACUAGUAAAUGAGAUUCGUGAACAGACACGUGAUUUAGCUGAAUAUGCGCAAACUGUUGUCUCGAGUGCAGAUGGCAACAUAGUUAAAAUUCAGAAGGAAUUGGUAGAAAUGACAAAAAGAUUUUAUGAUAGAAUUACCUACAUUGAAAAAGAAUUAGAAAAGAAAACUGAAGAUGACAAAUUGAUGAAAGACCGCCUUUUGUGUUUAGAAGAAAAGAAUACAUUGCUUGAAACAGAACUUGAAAGACGUGAUCAAGAAACAAUUCCGAAACAUAAAAGAGAUCAACAUGAAGAGACUAUUAAGCAAUGGCAAUCAGAUGAUAAAACGUUUUUUAUUACAAGGGCAACAAAACAUGUGAUUUCCAAAAUCUUUUCAUCCAACAUUGCUGUUGUAACAGGAAGUUCCGGAUCUGGUAAAUCUUUUCUAAUUCAUCAUGUUGCUUUACAUUUACAUAGUACAGAUGAUUAUGAAAUUGUUCCCUCAUCUUUUGUAACGGCACCUGCUGAUAUCAUAAAUUAUCGUAAUGAAAAACGAAAUCAAGUUUUUGUCAUCGAUGAUAUCUGCGGAAAAGAGAAUGUGAAUCUCCAAAUUGUACAAACGUGGAAGGAUUUGGCAAGCAAGGUUGAAGAAAUAUUCCAAGAAAAUGUUAUCGAAUCACGGAAUGCGACAUGGACAGAGAAAACCAAAAUUGCCAAACUAUUAAUUUCGUGUAGACUACAGGUGUUUAAAGACAGAUGGUUCCAACGACUGCUUUGUUUUACUAGGCAUGAAUGUAAUAUAUUGGCUGAAUCUCUAUGUCUCCUCCCUGAAGAGAGACUGUUGAUGAUAAAUAAGUACCUUCCCAACGAUAGGAUUAACAAAGUCAAUGACAUUCUGAAUGAGUUUAAUUUUUUUCCUCUGCUUUGUAGACUUUCAACAAAUAGAUCGUCAGAAGAAUUAAGAAAUCUUUUUUUAACACCCAUCGCUACAAUAAGGGCUGAUAUAGAAGAAAUCCGUCAAACUGAAAACAAGUUCAAACAUUGCGCUCUUGUGUUAUGUAUAUUAUUUGAAGAGGGGUUUGAUGAACAAUGGCUGAAGUUUGAAUUGGUCCCAAAUGACAUUCAAAAUAAAUUAAUAGAAAUAGGUCGACAAUUUGGUAUCAGCUUAGACGUAGAGAUAUUUAGACUCUCUUUAACUGAUGCUUUUUUUAGUUUGACAGGGACAUAUCUCAGAAAAACUGGCACGAAUUAUUUGUUUGUUCAUGACAAAAUUUAUGACAUUGCAGCCGUUGUUUUUGGGCAACACUUUAAGGAAUGCUUAAUCAAAUUUGCAAGUGAGUCAUUUAUAGGUGAUAGGUAUGUAUUUGAAUCUUUAGGGACUACAAACAAUGAGAGCGUGAUUAUCAUUUCCGAAGACAUAGAGGAAUACUAUUUUAAAAGACUGACCAUUGAUUUAAGCAGUAGAAAUAUAUACAGCACACUGCAUAAUAAACAAUUAGUUUUUGAGUUAUUCAGAAUCAAACUUGUUCAGUUCUUCGAGAAAGAUAUCGAGGUUUCUAAGUCUAUAUUCAACCAACUCGAUGAAAGUGGCAUAAUUAUGAAAAUUGAUUAUAAUGAUGAUUUGAGUUCGUUCGGUGAUGAAAUUGAAGAACAUAUAUCUUCUGUUUUGAUAGAAGCCAUUUCGGAAGGCUAUGAAGAUAUCAUAGAAUUUCUAAUCAAAUUAGGAUGUGAAGUAAAUGUGUUUGAUAGUGACGGAAGGUCACCAUUGUACACUGCUAGUGAACGAGGGUUCACAAAUGUGGUUAAACUGUUAUUGAAUCACCAUUGUGAUGUGUCGACGGAUAGUUUAAAUAUGUAUUGUCCAUUAACAGUCGCUUGUAAAAACGGAUAUACAGACAUUGUGAAAUUACUGAUCGACAGUGAAGUUGACGUAUGCCAAAUGUCUUUGUUUGACGGAACGCCGUUGACAAAUGCUUGUGAAGGAGGGCAUUUAGACAUAGUUGAAUUGCUUUUACAACAAGGUGCAGAUGUCAAUGAAUGUGACACUUUUUCUGACCAUUAUCCGCCUCUGACAAUAGCAUGCAUAGGAGGAUAUCCAGACAUUGUUGAAAUAUUGCUAGCUAAUAAUGCAAACAUAACUCCGUCAUCGUUAGAGGUGGCAUGUGAGAAGGGGCAUGAUACAAUAGUAAAUAUUUUACUUAAGAACAAAACCGCUAUUUCUUUAUACGAGAAUAAAAUGUCACCAUUAUAUAUAGCUUCUGGAAAUGGACAUUUAAAUGUAGUUAAACUUAUAUUAAACAGUGAUAUUGAUAUAUCGCAUUUUGAUAAAUGGACUUCGGUAUGCGUAGCUUCACACCAAGGUUAUAUCGAUAUAGUGAAGAUUUUAAUAGAAAAUGGGACAGAUGUUGCUUUUUGUGACAUCAAUGGAUAUUCCCCAAUGUACGCAGCUUGUCAGGGUGGAAGCCUCGACAUAGUAGAAUUCUUAAUUCAGCAAAAUGUCAACUUAUUUGAUACUGACAAAAGGGGUUGGUCACUUCUUCAUGCCGCUUGUUACAACAUUUUUCCAAAAGAUGAUCAUUUAUCUGUGAUAAACCUCCUUCUGGAUCAGAAAUUGGAAUUAUCUUUGACUUGCAAUAACGGAUUUACACCACUAUCUUUUGCCUCUGUCGGUGAUUCUGUUGAUAUAGUUAAGCUAUUGCUGAAACGAGGCGCGGAUGUAAACCACCAUACUGACAAAAGUUUUACGUCGUUACACAUUGCAUGCAAAUGGAAAGAUAUAUUUUUCCUGCGAGGGAAGAAUACCACGAUUUCACUUCUUGACAAAAAUGGAAAAUCUUUUGAAGUUGAUUUUUCAAAAUUUGGUUCACCUUUUCCAAUACAUAUCCAAUACAGGUCUUACGAUAUUCAUCGAUCUAUCGUGCAGUUGUUGUUAGAACAUCAGGCUGAUGUUUCAUUACGUAACUAUAAAGGACAAACGGCUUUACAUAUUGCAUGCGAAAGCGGUGAUUGCGAUGUUGUAGAAAUGCUUCUAGAAAGAAAAGCAGAUAUAGCAGUGUGCGACAAUGAAGGAAAUUCCCCACUGGAUCUUGCAUGUCAACGAGAACACACAGAUGUGGUAAAACUGUUACUCGUUAGCAUUACUGAUAUAUCACAGUUAGAUAACGAUGGGAAGACGGUCCUUCAUUCAGUAUGCAAGGGUUAUGGAAGUAGGAGGAAGGAUGAGGAAUCAGGCAAUGAUAUUCCGUAUUUUCUGCAGAGAGAUACUGAUGGACAUAAAUCUAUAAUAGAGUUACUGUUUGAUAAGCACGCAGAUAUAUAUAAGCGUAAUAAACAUGGAGAAACACCUUUACAUUUGGCUUGUGAAUAUGGUCCUGUCGACAUUGUAGCGAUGCUUCUAAAAAAAGGUGCAGAUAUUUCACUAUGUGACAACAAAGGCCAGUCAACUGUAUUUAAGGCAUGUGGUGGAGGAAAUGAUGAUAUAUUAGAUGUUUUGCUUGAAAAAAAUGCAAAUGUUUCAGUAUGCGACAAAGAUGGGAACUCUCCACUUCAUGUAACGUGUAAAAACAGAGGUCGAGUGCAACAAAAAAGACGUUUAGGGCACGUUAAGUUUCCAUCUAAUUCAUUUGCCGGUAGCUUUUCCGAUUUGCAAGGGUGCACUUUGUACACACCAGAUGGGUUUGAGCGUGUUUUUAAAAUACUUGUCCCACAAGUGGUAAACCUGAACAUAAGAAAUAAUUGCCAACAGACACCACUUCAUGUUGCAACUAAAGGUGGUCAUAUGAGUCUGGUAAAAAUGCUUAUUGAUCGAAACGCUGAUGUUAAUAUGUGUGAUAACAAAGGACAAUCUCCGUUAUAUUUGGCUUGUAAGUUUAGACACAUAGAUAUCACCAAACUUUUACUGUCACAUAAUGCUGACCUAACUUUGGUUGAUGAUAAAAAAAGGUCACCGCUUCACGCUGUUUGUAAUGUGUUCAGUAUUCCACUGACUGAAAAAGAAAUUCAAGAUUUACUAGAUUUAAUUACUCUCCUUAUAGAAUAUAGAAUGGAUCUUUCUCACCCUGACAAUGAAGGUAAAACAGCUUUACACUUCGCUUGUAAAGCCGGUUGUCUUUCUAUUGUCGAAUUGUUGGCUGUAAACAAAGCAAACUUUACUGUGUGUGAUUUUAAUGGCCAGACGCCAUUAGAUGAAGCCAAAAAUGCUGACCAUUGCGACAUCGUGCAUUUUCUUGAAUGCUUUGAAGAAGAAAUGAGUAAAAAGUACAAUUUUUUUUAUUUUUUGUGGUGAAUUACCUGUAUAGGUAUUUGCAAACUUUGUUGCAAUCUCUUUUAUUUUCUGUGUGGAAUUACCUGUAUAGAUGUUUGCAACGUUUGUUACAAUCUCUUUUAUUUUCUGUGGGAAAUUACCUGUAUAGAUAUUUGCAACCUUUGUUAAGUUAUCAAUUGCAAUUCUUUCUUUUUUUCUGAUAUACUUACCAAGUAAAGUUUUGUACUGUAUUACGGCAACAGAAAUGUUUAUAGGUUGCACUUUGUAAAUACAGCUGUUUCACAAACGACACCUCUUUUGGGGAGAUAUAUAAUAUUCAUAGAUAUUUUGUGUGUUUACGUACUGGUUCCCAGAUAUGAUCUCUAUGUUUCAUCUCAUAGAGACAUAACUUGGGGAUGUAUGGUACCAGUAUAUUUACACAUGGUUGCAGGGAAUUUUGAAUUCUGAGGGUCACCUAAAGUGAAGGUAGGGGUAGUACAGAACUUAAGUAUAAGUUUAAACACUUAAAAGUUCGGGGCAUAUAAAUGUUGAAAAUAUGCCGCACAGCCCUAUGUUUUUGACCUUUGAAUAUUAACUUUCCAUUCUAGGAUAUAAUUUUUCACGAAACUUCAUAGUAAAAGUGGCACAGUUUUAGCCGUAAAGAGAGUUCCUAUGGGAAAUUGCAUUGUCUAUAUUUACAGAAAUGCAACCUAUAAGCAAGAAUAGUGUGCGUAUCGUGUUGAUAUACAUAUGAGCCGAUUAAAAGUACCAAAAUAUAUAUUUUCAGUUGACAUCCGAUACUCGUUAGAUGAUACAUGCUGGAGAAAAAUGCCCCUUUUUUCAUUCGCUAGUAAAAGAGAAGCGGAAGAUACCAAAUGGACAUUCAAUCUCAAGUCUUAAAUAAACUUACAACGCCAUGGCUAAAAAAGAAAAAGACCAACAGACAAACAGUACACAAAACAUAAUAUAGAAAACUAAAGACUGAGCAACACGAAC